AUGUACGGAUCUACCGCUUCAACAGCAACCCUUACAGGCCAGAAGCGAGCCCGCGACCACCUUGCUCCCGCGUGGAGCCAGUACCACUCCGGCGGAAACGGUUACAGCGCAGGUGCCGCGGAAAACCACCAGGCUGGCGGGAACGACCAUCAGGGGGAUGAAGAAGACGAGGGAGACUACCUCGCGGCUCUGCGCGGGCGCAACAGCGGGCGAUGGCGCGCCAUCGAGGCGGAGUUCAACCCCAAGGGCGCGGGGAGAGGGAGGGGCCGCGGAAGAGGCGGGGGGGGGCGCGCAGCAGGCGCAUCUAGCGGAAGAGGUGCAGGACCUGGCGCAGGUGGGGGAAACUUCAACGGGGAAGAAAUAAGCAGCGGGUAUGGAGCCGUGAGUUGGGGAGGGGGCCAGGGGGGGAGCAACGCUGGUGGAGGUACCAAAUCGGGCGAAUGUUUCAAAUGCGGGCAGCUCGGCCAUUGGUCACGAGACUGCCCUAAUAUUACCGGCACCCCGCAUUCUGGUGGCGGAAGUUUUGCCAGUACCCCAGCAGGUUCAUGGAAAGCUGGCUCUGGGGCGGGGCUUUCUAGCAGGGGGAGCAGCGGAGGAGGGGGGUGGAGCGCAGGUGCAUCUGCUGCAGGAGGGGGGGAAUUUGAUGGUGGGAGUGGCGGUGGUGACGUGCCGGAUCGGUUCUGUGCAUGUGGCGCUGGGAGGUGUGCUGUGCUGACUGCGCGAACGGAGAGGAACAUGGGAAGACAGUUCUACCGAUGCCCCAAUAAGGACGCCUCAUGCGGUUUCUUCGAGUGGUGUGAUGCGGCUGCAAACACGACCGCCUCUGCACCCUCUCGCCAGCACUCCCUCCCUUCUUACUCCUCAUCCCCAUCACCAUUGCUUUCAGCUUCAGGCGCCGCAGCACAAGGCCGGAGGGCCAGCUGGGGUGGUUCUGGGACCAUGGGGACAGGGGGGAUGGGCGCAGGCUGGGGUGGCGCAGGGGGAGGAGGGGGGCAAGCGGCCAUGGGAGGGGGAUCAGGGGGGUCAGCAGCAGGAGGAAUGGGGCGGGGUUCAAUGGGGCAAGGGGGAAUGGGGUCAGGAGGAGCAGCAGCAGCAGCAGGGGCAAUGGAGUGUGCGUGUGGCGGCGGGCAGUGUCUGGUUCUGACUGCACGCACUGCAGCUAACAAUGGCCGGCAGUUCUUCAAGUGCCCCAAACCCGAGCCUUGCGGAUUCUUUAAAUGGUGUGAUGACACGGCAUCAAACCCUACCUCCUCUCAACGCCAUUACGUGCUGCUUCAGGUGGGCGUUCAGGUGGUGGUGCAGGACCAUGCUACAAGUGUGGAGUGGAAGGCCAUUGGGCAUCAUCAUGUCCAUCCAGAGGGUGAUUGA